AUGUUUGGUGUAGAUCAAGAUGGUAAUAAACGUACAACAGAAGAGGACCUUCCUUCUAUUCUUAUGGAACAAAACCAAGACUUUGAUGAAAGUAGCCCUGAAGCUGAUCGGGUUGUUGAGCCACAAAUGAAGGGAGCUGAGGAUGAAGACGACGAUGAAGCUGAAGGCGAUGAUGAUGAUGAUGACGAUGAUGAUAUUAAGGUUGUCUGUAUCGAGGAAGGUUCUCCAUAUCCGGAAUACCCUAUGAAUUACGGUAACUACAAAGUGUGCAGGCAGGUUUCACCAGGAGUCAAAGAGUGUAUGAUAUUAGAGACUGGAGAACACAUCAAGUAUGAUAAAAAAGACAGGAAAAUGGACCAGCUCAGAAUGUCCACCCACUUCGCCAAGAAGGUCAGAUGA